AUGUCGCUCAACCUCCCCACGGGAUGUCCUAGGAUCCCAGACAGCGUGUCGCGAAACGAUCUCGUUGCUGUUGUCGUUGUGAAGCACGAUGAUGCUUACGAUGUUAAUCACAACUCGGCAUACGAACGCCGCGAAUUAUUCGAGAAGAAUUCUAUUACAGGCCGGAAUCAGUCCUGUGCGGCACAGAUAUACUUGCAUCGCCUUGCCAGUCAACCUAAAUACAGCUUCGGGAAAGGCUAUCUACCGGAGCAGGAGCCGGAGCCACAGCUCGAGUCUGAUUGCAAGUCUAAGUCUAAAUCGGAAACAGAUUUAGAUUCAUCUUUAGAGUCGGAAUCCGGAGAAGAAGUCGAUCAAGCGCGGCCGAUUCCUAUUUACGACGUCUACCUCCCAAUCCGCUCUGCCGUAAAGCAACUGUUCGAACUGAUGCCCGACGGCCCAGCUGGCUGCUGGCGGAUAGAAGCGACUUCCAUGGCUGUUGUGACAGUCGCUGGCGUGGAGAUUCAGAAGCCACAACCCCGAACGACCACGAAGAAGAAGAAGUCGAAGUCACUACGGUCUUUACCUCACGCAUUAUACUUAGACGCAUCGGUGAUGUCCGUGAUCACGUUUGGGAACAUAACGAUCAACUUGUGGCUUAUUCAGAGCCCAGUUGAGGUGUUACGGUCAGACCGUGACUUCAAGGCAAACAACCUUCAGAAAGAAUCGCAGAACGACUGGGCAAAGGACGCGUACAUUUGGGAUCUCCGCAAGAAACAGGUUUCAUUUAACUCGUGGCGGGUGACCCAACGAUUUACUGAAACGGUGGCGACAGCGAAGAUUUACAAACAUGCCAAUGGAAUAGGUGAUAGAGACCGGGAGAUGCUUAUGUUUAGCAAACAGAACACGCAUCACUCGAUCGUACACUAUCAACUGGCAGCGGAGCUUCAUGGUGUACCUGUUGCCAUCACCGACACACACGAAUCUAUGAUUUCCUUCGCAGCGAUGCAGCGUGACCUGCCUUCAAUGCAUCCCGGAGCCCGAUUCAAGCUCGCUGCAGCUAUUUUUAGACCGCUCUUCUCCGCUCUAGAAUGGUUGCACUACAACCGAAUCGUUCAUGGAUCCGUGACGCCGGCCAGUGUUCUAUUACAAGUGGUGGGCGGUCGAUUGUCGAAGCUGUUGCUCGUCGACUACUCAUAUGCCUACCUGGUUGACAUGGGAGAGAACAUGCCACAGGAAUUGAUGCGUCAUGAAAGCACCCAGGCAAUGGAUAUCAUCGAAACCUGCAGCAAUAUCUGGACUCUUCGUCAAAAGCCACUACCAGAAUGGAAACCUGAGCCGAUUAUGGCACAACUGGCUAGCCAGGCUGAACACCAUUUCGCCAUGGUCAAGCAAGCUUGCGAUGAUUUCUACUACCGGAAACCAGAGUCGUGGCAGAACAAAGCUCGAGCGAAGAUGUUGGAAAUGCUUGCUCUCAAGGAAAGGAAGUGGGAGCAAGCUAGAGAAGCCCAGGUCCGCAAUUCUAGAUUAUUGCAGGUUAGUGCAUUGACGCGAGCCGAUUUGCAAAAGAUUAUGCUAGAAUGGAAGCGGUUCAAGGCCAAUCGAUCUUACAACAUGGGCGAGACGACCGCGGGCCAGCCUGACAACGAGGACUAUGCAAUGAUCCUGACACUAGGUCAUGCAUACCUAGAUGAAUUGGCGAAUUCUAUAUGCAGCGCCAAGGUCUACCCACAGCUGCCUUUGCCACAUGAGAUCUGCAGCAGGUUGCGAUUUCUUGAGGGCGAAGAUCGCGAGCCCUGGCAAAUGUUCCGUGUUCAUCAAACGCAGGAGUUCAACGUACAGUCCAUCGGUAGGAAGUCUAAGGUCGUGCAGAUCGAGAGUCGAUCUUUGGCAGACUAUCUUGCAGCCUGCCUUGAGACGUACCCCUCUUUACGGAACGAGGCUUUGAGGCAGUACGACCUGGAAAUUGUACCAAACGGUGCUUGGCUUCUCCCAGAAUUUGUGGAAGCCUUCCAUGAGCGGCUGAAAAAGCGCAUACGACUUCCAUCCAACAUCAACUCGACAUUGGAAGCUCUUGGGAACGUCAAUGCCGAAGGGGUACUCGCCGUCCCCGAAAGCUACGACAUUUGCUACCAUAGGCCGUCGCAGAUGUUCAACAUUACCCAAAUGCAUCGGACUGCCACCCUCAGCCAAUUGAAUUCAGGUCUAAAUGACACCCGGAUCCGGUGCGAUAACUUCGUCGAGGUUCGCGGACAACCCAACCUCGAAGGUAACUUCGUACCUCUUCCCAUGCUUCCCAUGUUCGCGGAAGCGUUUCGGUACACGAUCGGCCAUCAACCAGAGCCUCGCCACGGUAAUUCUAUGCACGAUCCUUCUGACUUCAGUCGCAUGUCAUCGCGUAUAAUUUUGGCGCACCAAGGCCUGGUUGCGUUCGCUUCAAUGUCACAGACGCAGGACCAAGUCUCGCACUGCCCUAAAGAUGAAGAAGACUUCCAACGGUCAGAGAAGUUCCUGCACACGUACUUUGGCGAUAUGAAGGUAUUUCCAAAGGCUUCUGAUGGUAUGCACGAGUAUCCGCGACCCGCCCAUUGGGCUAAGUAUAAGACAGCCGAGGAACUGCAAGCAGGGGUGGAAGCCAGCAAGCACAAUUCACUGAAGUCAAUACCUGUGUCACCAGAGUCUCCCGGGAGCUCAUAUUCAUCCGGAAGUUUACCACCACUUUCUGUUUUAAUGGACCGCGACCCAGGAGCACCAUGCCACCUGGCCCAGGCAAUCCGUAAUAGAGCCAACGCCAUUGCCCAGGCCAGCAUCCCUUUCGAACGCCCAGUAGAAGACACGAAUCCAGACAGUGCUAUUGCACAACUCCAACGACGCGCAAACAAUGCGGCACAGUCCAAAGGCGUGACAAACUCGUUCCUACAGAAGAACCCCAAUAUCCUGCGCAAGCCGCAUGGGUACCUGGACGACCCAACCCAACCCUUCUACCCCGUUCAAUUCGAUCGGUCCGUAAGGGAGGAUAAUCAGGAGGUUAAAGGUAUGCGACAACGCUGGGAGUUGACACUAGACAAGAACGAAACGUGGGAGGGUGGAGCGGGUCUUGUGCGGCAUCCCCUUUGGGCUGAAGCUUCAGACGACGGGGUGUCACUGGAUUCCUCCGUUCGUCGCGAACUGGUAUUCGCAGACGCCCGCCUUCGAGCCGAGCCCACAGAGGUAGACGACGCCUCGGUGGACCAGAAGAUGGCGCCCGACACCGUCCUUGGCAACGCAAACAGCAUUUCGGACGAUUCAAGGAACCUUGUUGGCAAUCUGAAUGACUUGCCCUCAUUUCUUCCUCAAUCUGGUGUGGCAGUCGGUUCCUAUGAUCCCGCGUUCCUCCGGUACCCCUCGGCCGUCCGAGCCAUGGACAACCGCUCGUUCGAGAACUUGCCGAACUCUACAGUGGCGCACGUUCCGCAAGGAUUAUUCCGACGUGACGAAAAGCCGUCAAGCGCCCACUCUUUCUUCGAAGGACAGACGCGGAUGCGCCCAAAUGGUAUGUCGCGUGGGGAGCACCGCCGGCAGACCUUGACAGCCACUGAGCGGGCUUGGGCUGAGAGGUUCCCUGGGCGACAAUUGCCAACUGUGGAAGAGGAGAGUCUCCCGAAUACACAUGUGCCAGAGGACUGGGAGGGCGAUUCUAAGAUGACGGAUGUGGAUGAAGAAUGA